UACUAGUUUAUUUCAAGGGAAUAAUUUUGCUUCCUGUUUUUCUGUGAAGUCAAAUCUAAUGCCCAAUAUUUUGUGAGAGAAAAAUCUUUUCAGCAUCAGCCAUAAUAACAUAAGCAGGAUAAUUGUAAUUUUAAUUCAAACAUACAAUAAUACACAGCGUAAAAUGUUAAAAAUUGUUGCGUUAAGAUUAGAGAAAGAUUUUCACCAAAAGAAUUACUCAGACUUUGUUGGUUAAUGUUUAAAAUUCUGAAAGAAUCACAUUUUAAAGUAUGCUGAAUGCUCAAUUACCCUAUUCAUUAAUUGUGGAUUCCUUAUCUUGCAGACCUAACUAAGAAAUCCACUUUUUACUACAACUGUGCUUAUAAGUUCAUUUAUUGGAAGGGAUCUGUGCUUCCUGACUGAAAUUGUGUGUAAUCAAAUGGCAGCAUAAAUGGAAUAACAGCAUGUACCAUAUUGGAUAGAGCUGUUGCUUGUCAUUCAAAGGACUGUGUGUAAAUCCUCAAGCUUUUGUUCUUGGGCACGGAAUGUACCUGACCUGCUCCAGUAAAAGUCACGAGGUAUAUAAUUGGACUAAAAAAAAAAAAACUGUUGGGAUUGUUUAGGAGCUGGGAAGAGGCGUUUGGAAUAACGGAUAAUGGAAAUACUGCACUUCUUAGAGACAGGUGCAAAAUCGAGUGUGUUGACUGCAGCGUGCACCUGCAGUCCCGGCUUCACUCCCGGCAGCGUGGUGUUUGGAAUGGCUGGUCUGGGUGGUGUUCCAGUAUGGAGUUAUAACAAGGCUAAAAGAAAGAAGAAGAAGCUGAUUCAGGACGAGAUAGACACAGCAGAAGGAAUGAGUAGGACAGCAGGGAGCAUUGAACUAAGUGGGAACUGACGGUGGAACACGUCUCUUGUGAAGAGUGCUGGAGGGAGCUAACCCUAACCCCAGCAUAUCAAUUUCUUAAUGGCAGGUUGAGGAGUAGCUCCUGGUCUAGUGUUCUGGUUCCAUGUUGCUGGGGGAAAAGUCCACUAAUGAAUUUAACAAAUCUGGGUCCAACCAUCAUCCUGUGAGAAGAACGAGGGAAGUGUCAGAGAAACUGAACAAGAAGAGGAUUUUCAAGAACUACAUUAGUCUAUAGCAGCAGAAAGUCAGAGCCCCAGGAUGAUGAGAAAACUCUUCACUCUGCGUAAAAACAUAUUCCGCAGAGCCAGUGAGGAUGAACAGGAUAUGGAAAACCUUGCAAACUCUUCCGAGAGUAACUCUGGGAAGCUCGAGGACAAGGCAUCCACUCCCAAGGUCAGGGGUGUGUCAUUUACACCUUCGCACUUCUUGAAUGUUUCACCGGUUGUCCUUUCAUUGCUUCAGCAUCUAAAUGAUGAGGAAUGGGACAGAAUUGAGGAAAGCAUGCACAGCUCUAUGACAAGAAGUCGGUUCACUACACUGUGCACAGACAUCGUAGGAUGGGUGUCAGAAGCAGCCACAAGAAUCAUCUUACCGGCACUUGCUCUUGUGCUGGAUGUCACCAUCACUGAGAGCAGUUCUUCCUCGCCUAUAUCAAGAUUUGAAGAGUCUGAGAGCAUGAAGGAGCUUUCAGGUGAAGAGUCCUCCUUUGAUACAAAACAAGAUGAGAAAAAAUCCAGGACAAUUUCAAGUCGGGCUCCUUUGCUGAAUAUUGUUGGAGGUUUAGCUUCCCAAGAUAUCAGCACUUUGGAGUCAGAGGAUGCAGAGAAAUUAAGUCUUCCCUUUGUUGAAGAAAGAAGCUCUGCUGUGUCCCUGGAAGCUUCUUUUGAGAGUUCCACCCUGGCCGUUGACUUAUCUAACAGUUUGAUUGACAGUCAAGAACCUUGUCAACCACCUGCAAAAAGUCUACAAGAGAGCAGUAUUGAUAGCAGUGCUAAAAUAUCCACCAUCAGCUGUCCAGCUGGUAUCACUGACCAACUUUCCAGUAAGUGGUUCCACACAACAGCUGUGCAUGAAGGUGACAUAUCAUCUGACUUUGUUAGCAGUGAAAUCGCUCUGCCUCUUCUCAGAGAGGACGUACCUGGAGGAACAAGCUUUGUUUCCUUGAAAUCAGAUACAGAUGCAGACUCUACAGCAUCUGACAUUGUCACAAUUGUAUUGCAAGAUCUGCAGAGCUUAUCGGAGACCGUUCAGUCACUCGAUGAUUUUAGUACACCCAUUCUAUCAGAUAGUGCAACUCUGCCGGUCUCCAAGACUAGUAUUUUUGAAACUGUGCGUUGCAGGAUACGGGACUUUUUUAGUGACCUUCAUCCCUUAUCCCUCAGCAAACUGGCAAGACGUUCCAGUUCAAAGGAGUCUUGCGAUGAAAAAACCACAACAAGCAUUUUCAACGCAGAGGCAGAGACUCCAGUCUCAGGAGCUGAACGGACUGCUAGCAAUAUUGUAGACAUUGUCCUGCACUGGAUUAGUGAAGAUGUAGAGCAGAUUUCACCUGCUGCUCCCAGAAUGUGUAAAUCAGGUUCAGAUCUGAGGUUUGAUAUGCUGCUCUCUAAAGAAAACAUUCAAAUGUUGUCACCGCAGCUUGUUGGCAGAGUGCACCGCCUCAUAAUGGAGGACAACAGUGCCCUCCCUGUCAUUACAUUAGCAGCACGCAGAGUCAACUCUGAUUCGGCAGUUUCGAAGGGACGAGGUGGAAGGUUGGAGCUCGCCAGGGAAGCUUUCUCUGAGUUAGUUUACAUAUUCACGGAGAAAUGUGUGAGGAAGCUGUUGCAGGAAUGCCUCUACUGUCUUCCUCAUCCUCCUCACUCCGAUAAUUUUGAAGAUGUAGUUUGUACCACUCCUGUAACUUCCAGCAGUCUGGUGCAGGUCAUGCCAAGUCUACCAUUUCAGAGUGACAUUUCAGCCAUUCCCAGUGGACAAAGCCCCAAAAAAAUUUCAACAACGUCUGCAAGUUCAAGCACUCUCAUACAGGUUAUGCCAAGUCCAGCAUCUCAGAAUGAAUUUUCGAACCUCCACGUUGGACAAAGCACCCAGAAAGCCUCAAAGCCCUCCUUAGAACUCAGCAGUCCAAGCAUAGAAUCAUUAAUUACAGUUAUGGCCCAAGAAGUGAUGAAACUACUUCCAGAGAAGAUAGAUGACUGUAACCAAGUUUGGGAGUUCCUUGAGACUAAAGACAUCUGUGAGUCCACACCUCUUUCAUCAGCUGUAAAAUAUUCUGGUGUCAAUAACACAAAGGCCACAAACCACAGAUCUAGCAGUGGCUCUAAGGUUGAGGUGGACCCCAUAUCUGGGUCUGAGGCAGGACUGAAGAACGGGAAGAAAUUCUAAAAGGUAUGUUACAGUAAACUUAUGUUUUGAAUUUUUAUGAACAGCAUAUGAAGAAUUCAUUUAAAAAGCCAGUAUAACUAAAACACUGAGACAAUAAUGCAGAAUGAAAUUGUAAUAAUGUACGAUGGUUCCUGAAGUUCUGAUCAAAUCAUUAAUUUUUUAAGAUCCAGGUGUUUUUUAAUAUUCCAACAAGUUCCAGUUUCUUAUUAUUUACUGAAAUUUCUGUUUAGCAGUGGAGUGAACGUGACCUAUGUUUCUUCAUCGAGCCAAUGGAAAGCAGUUAAACCACACCCAAUUAAAAAAAGUGUGGAACAACAGGUGUGUUGCUGCCAAGGAUAUGAAAAUAAGGAUAAUAAAGGAAGUUUAAAGUGCCAACAAA